GGCUUAAAUCUAUUGGUAUUGUUGAACUGUAGGCUUAACGUCAAACAAUUUAUGAUGGAAGUAAACUGACAUAUCUCUGAAAUACAAAAGCAAGCAGAUAAGUUUUCAAGCAGGUUCUAAAGGCAUUGUUUAAAAUACACGGUAUAAAAUGGCUUCUCAAGCUCUAGCAUCUUUAACGGCCACCUACACAGAUUCUGAGGGAGAAGAGGAUAUGGAAGACCAAACACCAGAAAAAGACGAACCCAAAGAGAUUCAUUCAGCACCUACUAGCCCCAAGAAAGUAGAAGACAUAAACAAGCCUGCUUCGGCACCCGUCACGCCAAAGAGAAGGUUAGUGUCUUACGUGGACGACACAGUGGUAUCUGAUGAAGAGCCUUUAUCGCCUGCGCCUGAAACGCAAGACGACAUGCGGCGCCUGUCCAUGGAAACUGACACAGACGAGGCGGUGCCGCGCUCCGAGCCCGACGAGUUUGAGGAUGGCAUCAGCAUUCCUGCUGAACCGGCCGCCAAGUGUCCUAAGGAGUUGCAAGAAACUAUUGCCAAGUAUUAUAGUCGCAUGCUCAAUGAGGGAUUAGAUAUGAACAAAAUCAUUCAAGACAAAAAGAACUUCAGAAACCCAAGUAUUUAUGAAAAACUUAUUCAGUUCUGUGACAUUAAUGAGCUUGACACUAAUUAUCCACCUGAAAUUUAUGAUCCCUUGAAAUGGGGCAAGGAAUCAUAUUUUGAUGAAUUAUCUAGAGUGCAGAAGUUAGAAAUGGAUAGGCGAGAGAAAGAGAAAAAGGAAAAGCUCUCGAAAAUUGACUUUAUUUCGGGAGUUGCUAAAAAAUCUGAGAGUGAUGAUGAAAAAAAAAGGAAGUCAAAAUGGGAUCAGGCUGCCCCCAAUGUCCCUAACAAGCCUAAUAUCAAGCAGCCCGGGCUUGUUCAGCAGCCACUUACUAGUAAUGUUACUGGCACAAAGGGCACUAUUAUCUCCGCUUUUGGAUCUUUACCUAAGAAGCCAAAACUUUGACUCGAAACAAAUGUAAACAUUGAUGGAUCUUGGUGAUUCAGCUACUUGGAAAAUAGACUCUUGAAAUAUGUUGCAGACUUUAUCAUGGUUUAAGACUCAUUGAUUCAGUAUUUAUCCCCACAACAUUUGAGUUACACGGGUAACUCAAAUGUUGUGGGGAUAAAUACAAUUAUGUAC